AUGGCCCUGAAGUUCCACUUGUCACUGGUGGAGCAGCAGGUGGAAGCUGCCAGGAUUUUCCUGUUGACACCACCAGGGGCCAACUUGGUGGGUGGUACCUUCCCGAGUGCAUCGGAGCAGAAGCUGAGCCUGCAUGAGCUGCUGCAGGGCCUGGAGCAGGGGCUCCCGCGCCGGCCCACUGCCCUCUCCUCUCUGGAGGGCAUGGAGGCCUCUAUCACCACAGUGGAUGGGCAGCGGGAGGACGACAUCACUGUGCGGGAGGGCACUGGCCUGGACAGCGACUCCCUGGACUCUCUGUACAGCCUGUUUUAUGGCAAGCCCUGCUGGAUGCCCUGCCAGGCCCUCACCCCCUUCCAGGCCACUGCUGGCACAGCCAACAGUGUCACCUCUGGUUUGCCCGGGAACCAUGACCCCAGCAUGGAGGAGCACCUGGCUGUCAUGUAUGAGAAGCUGCAGCAUGAGCUGCCGAAUUUCUUCCUGAAGGUACCUGACUACGGGAUCUACUCCCAGGAUGUGGAGUUUGUCAACGAGAUCCUGCACUUGAGAACUCGGGGCCGAGCCAUGUACCAGCUCGCACUGACUCUGUGCCGCCUCGUGGCCUGGAACUACUUUGCCAACAUGCGGCUGGAGGUGCUGAAGCUGACGCAGCACCCCGAGAACUGGAGCAUCCAGGCCCGCUGGCGCAUCACGGGGCUCCCCUUCCAUGUCCUCAUGCUGCGCUUCUACAAGAGGGACAAGAGAGAGCUGUACAGGACCUACGAUGCCUAUUCCACUUUCUUCUUGGACUCCAGAGGGCUGAUCCGCUGUCACCGGAUAGACAAGCUGAUGCCGUCCCAGCCACCUGUGGCCAAGGUGAAGAAGUUGCUGGUGGCCGCCCUGAUUGGCUUGGGCCUGUUGGAGCACAGACCUUCCCUGCAGCUGCUCUUAUCUGCCCUGGCUGGCAAACAGCAGGGGACGCCAGUGGGCUACAGGGACAGCUGAGCCAGCCCUGGAGGAAGCCAGGCUCAGCCUGGAUGUUGUGACUCUUGUGAGCUGAUGUUGCCUUGAUGCACAAAGCCUGGCCUGCUGCAUGGUCUGUGCCCUGCCCCCUCCCUGCCAAGCACUGUAAAGAACCACUUGUAACUUAACUGUACAUAAUAAAGCCCUGUGGAGAGAUG